AUGACUCCGCUACUCGACACAGAUGUGGAUCUAUCAAGAAUCACAGAAUCUAUUUUCGUAUCAAUAGAUCCACAAUACCAUCCACAAUUACAAACAAUGCUUCUUUGGCUAAACCCAAACGAAACAACCACUCAGUCUGCUACCACCAUGACCAUUGAUUUGAAAAAUUGUAUCAAUAUCAUAGUAUCUACCUACGGUAAAGACGAUCAAAUAAGAUUAUUAUUCAAGAAAUAUUACUCAUUCGUUAUAAAGCUACAUUUCAUGAAAGAUAAUCGUCCUAAGAACAUGACGAGUAUAAGGGAGUUUCACAAGUUAGAGAAUUUAUAUCUGACACCUUUGAGGUUCACUUAUGAUUUGAUUGAUACAAAUGAAAUGCAAUCACUUAUUAAUAUAUUUAAACGAUAUUUAAUUAAUAAUAAUUUCACAUUUAGGAAGAAUGUAUUACAUUCCAUGGAAACAUUGUUUUUAACUGAGGAUCAAUUUGAAUUCCAAUAUAAUAUGAAUAGUCUGAAUGAGAUUGUUAUAUGGUUGAAUGAUGCAAAUGGGAAUGUUUCGCCCAUUGAUUUAUUAUUGGAUUUAUUGUUACGAAAAAUUGAAAAAUUUUGUCAGAGAGAAAUGGCUGGUCUUUGGAAUGGUAGGUUUAUUAUAAUGGAAAAAUUUAAUUUGUUUAUUAAUCAAUAUUGGAAAUUAAUAAGUAAAUUGUUUCAUCAUCAACAAUUUGAUUAUGGUGAUGUGGAAAAUGAUCAUGCAUUGACUAAUUUAAUUUAUUAUUUUUUCACACAACAAUUUAUUAAGAUUAGAAUUAAUGAAAGUUUGAAAAUUAUGGUUUCAAAUUUCCCAAUUUCAACACCAACUAUUAUUGAAUUGAAAAAUGUGUUAAUUACUUCAUCAAUGCCUCGUGAGAAUGUAUCUACCACGGCAACAACGACCUUUCGAGAUACGAAUCUAAGUGAAGAAUAUUUAAAACUUUUCGUUAAGAAAUUUUUAAAGGAUUUCCAAAGAAAGUUCUUGAAUCCAUGUAUCCCAACUAUACCGUUAAUUAGAGCAUUAGUGAAGAUGACAAAUAGUUUCCUCAUAUUAGAUCCCAGGGGACAAUUAUUAACGACAAUAAUAUUGACGUUGAAACCAUUAAUACAACGACGUACGACAGAUAUUGUUAAUAUCUUAUUAUAUGCUAUGCUUAAUUUGAAUGAAAUGGAAUUACAUAAAUUGGGUUGUAAUAUAGAUUUUGACAUUGAAUCAUUCAAUAUACUUGUAUCUGAAUUAUACCCUACAAUCAUCAAAUCAAUGAAUCAAAAUCAGAAUAAUCCAUCCGUAGUUCCAUAUACAACGGCAGGUACAGGUACCACUUGCAGUAAUGAAAGAAUAACAAAUGAUGAUAUCCCAUAUCAAAAUGUCAAAGAUAUGGCAAACGCUAAUACAAUGGAAUAUCUCGCUCGAAGGAAACCAGAAACAAAGCCAUUUUUUGAUUUAUUUAAACAAUAUUUAGAAUGGGUUCCACCAAUGAACAAAAUAUACGAUUCCACCUCUAAGAAUACAGUUGUUGAUGAUGAGGAGACAAGUCGCAUACGUAGUCGUCAUGCUAUAGAUUAUCUUUUCCGGUUUUUCGAUUCAAUUGAUUUAUUACUUUCAGAAUAUUUAAAAUUAUUAACUGAAAAAUUCAUUCAUUCGAAAAAUUAUUAUACAUUGGAUAAUAAUUGGUUGUGGUGUUUGAAUUUAUUAAAGGAAAAAUCUAAUAGUUCAAAUGUACCUGAUGAAAAUGUCAAAUCUACUAUAAAUACUAUUGAUAUUAUGUUGAAUGAUAUGAAGAGAAGUGCGUCGUAUGGUAAAGAUAAGAAACAUACGAAGGAAAAUAAUAUGGUACAAGGAGAUAUUGGGUUUUAUCCAAAGGAAGUUUCUAAAUUGUAUUGGAAGAUUAAUAGUACGAAUAUUGCAAAAUGGAGAAUGAACAUGAAGGGUGAUUUUUUCCAUCUUCUUAAGUAUUCUAAAACGGCAGAACCGAACCACACUAUGGACAUAAAAUUAAAUCGAUUUUUUAAUGAAUUGGGACGGAAAGGGAAAAAAAUGGAAUUAUAUAAGGAUAAAAGUUUAAUGGAAAUGAAAAUAUCAUUUGAUGAUGGUAGGGAAUUAUUUUUCGAUAAUAUUACUAUUGAACAAUAUGAUGUUUUAUCUUUAUUUACAGUAGAAAAAGGAGCAGCGUUCACUUUAGAGAAAGCAUACGAUUUUUUUUCAGGUUUGAAACGUGGUAAACAAAAACUUGAAGAAUGUAUACAAUUUUGGGUAGACAAAAAGGUGUUGUAUUUAGAUGAUGACGAUGGGUGUUAUAAAGUUUUGGAACGAUUGACGUUUUUAGAUGAAAUAAAACAACGAAAAAAAAUGCAAGAGGAAACUGUAAUAAAAUCCGAUGCAAGAAUGGGUAUUGACCAUGAUUAUGUUCAAGAAGCGGCUGAAGAUGAUGAUAUUGCGGGAUUUGAAACGCAUAAAGAUGUCAUUUCUAGAGCCAACGAUGAAAUCAAGAACAUAUUAGACAGAAUUUUCCCCUUUAUUAAUGGGAUGUUAGAGAAUCUAGGUAGUAUGAAAUUAGAGAAAAUCCAUUCCUUUUUGAAAAUGACAGUUCCACGGGAUUUUGAAUAUAAUAGAAUUGCCAUUCACCAAUUAGAAAAUUAUUUAAAUGGACUAGUGGAAGAUGAAAAAUUAGAAACUACAACCGAUGGAGCAUUCAAGAAACCGAAAUAA